AUGUUAAAUAAUUUGGCAUAUUUAAAAUUGGUAAAGGAAAAUGAUUUCAAACAAACCAAAUAUUCAAAGAGAAUUAUGUGUAAUUAUUGAAUAUACCUUUAGACCCAAAGUAAAAGGAUGAAGUUUGUGUAGUAUAUGAAUUUAUGUAAAAGGAAUUAGAUGUAGGUCCUGUAAAAUAAAAACAACAUCAAAAUGGUAGAAUUAAAUAUUAUUAUAUUUUUAUGUUAUUUGAUGAAGAUAAAACAUCAAAUUCAAUCUAUUAAACUGGUCAGGAAUUUAACUAUAUUAAAAAGAAUUUCAACAAUUUAUCUUUAUUAUAAUCCAAAACUAGCCUGUAUAUUACUUCCAAAGACUCAAUCAAAAUAUUUAAAAUUCAAUUAUUGAAGAAAUAAUAAAAAGAAAUUUUUCAUAUAUUUAAUUGGAUGGGUUAAAUGAUUUGA